AUGACCCCCCACAUCCUUGUGUUGCUUCUCGCCUCCACGGUCCUGGGGGACCGGGACCCCGUGGGCAGGCAGCCCCAGCGCCAGGUCGCCCAGCACCGCAGGCGCUUCUGUUCCCUGGUCACAUGCCAGACCCACCGCCUGCCAGAGAUGAUCUACUGGCUCAGCUCCGCCUCCACCAAGGAGCUCUCAGGGAAGGCCGGCCGCGAACCCCAGGACCCCCACAGCUACGGACGCCGCCGUCGGCGCGAGGCCAGAGCCCUGCUCCGUCUCCAGGACCCUGGCCUGAAGAAAAGAGGCCAGCGCAGUGCCCAGCUUGCUGCGUGA